AUGAGUACCCAACUUGAGAUGCUCAAGAGCAUUUACUCACCUGUGCUGGAUGCAGCCGGAAGCCUGGCCUACCUCAAGAUGCAGCUUGGAUCCGAGUUUACCGGAGCGGUGGACAGUUGCUUCUCCAGGGCAGUCUCAUCCGUGUCGGAUUGGUAUCGUUAUGCCAUUUCCAACGACUCCAGCUGGGAUGCCAUGCCCCUCCGUCCGGAGAACUACACCGUUGCUUCUGGUCUUAACCACUUCAACAUCGAUACCUGGGAUGGUGAUUUAUCGGCUUUCCAGAACCGUGGUGGCAAGCUUCUCCACUGGCGUGGUUUAGCCGAUGGCGUUCUGUCGAGUGAGAAUUCCCCUCGAUGUUACGAACAUGUCCCGCAAACCAUGGGCAUGAACUCAAAGGCUCUUGACAAAUUCUACCAAUUUUUCCGUAUCUCUGACAGGUCCCAUUUCGACAGCGGUAAUGGGGCGACCUUUAUCGGCCACCAGUCAGCAAGCACUUCCAGUUUGGCACCGGAGGAAAACGUGCUGAUGGCGAUGGUUCGAUGGGUUGAGAGCGAAGUGGCUCCAGACACCAUAAUGGGGACCUGGUACAAGAAUGGCACCAGUGACAGUGGUGUUGAUUUCAAACGUAGACAUUGCAGGUGGCCAUACCACAACGUGUACCGAGGCGUUGGCGACCACAAAGAUCCUGGUACUUGGAAGUGUGUGCUGUAA